UUGCUAUCUUCGUUUGUUUGGAUCUGCUUAGCGGGUAGAUCAAACACUUUCAACUGGUACAAAAUUUUAUUUAUUAAAACGCCUUUGUUCAGUGCUUUAGCUCUUUUUAUUAUUACGCAAAAUGGUCAAAAUUAAACCAGAACCUACAAGCGAUUGUGAUUGCCGCCAUAAGACGAGGCGGCGGUCUUCUAAAUCUUCUCACGCUAGAAGGCACAUUUUAGAUUCUCUCACUAAAUCCGAAAAAGAUGAGGUGCUCAAAGCUAUUAUUUCGGGGGAGUUGCUGAUGAGGAAGGCUAUGCGAAAAAGUAAAAAUGCACCGUCUACUUCGGAAAGUGAAGACUCCUCGGCGUCACAAGAAACCGAUUUCACAUCCUCUGAAGAAAGUUCGGAUGAGGUAAUGGAUCAGGAUUCAUCUUCAAAUUCUGAUGAAGGAAAUGUGGACAUUAAGGAGGAGAAUGCUGAAUCCGAAGAAGGACCACAAGAUCAGUCAGAUAGUUCCAGUUCUGCUGAUUCCGACUAUAAGCCAACCCUUAUGGACAUGAAACGGUUCAAGAAGGAGAAGAAACAUAAAAGAAAAGCACUGAAGCAUCAUUCUAGUGACACCUCGUCAUCUGACUCAGAUUCAGAUUCUUGUGAUUUGAUGAAUACUUCCAAGAGAUCUGGAAAAUCAAAAAAACAUUGUUAGUUUUAAUUUGUUAUGGAAUUCUAAUGGCUGGUUCCUAUUAUUCAAAAUUUUUAUGUGAAAG